AUGGCACUGCGGUUGUGCGAUGUGGGCGAUGUGGGCGGUGUGGGCGGUGUGGGCGGCGAGGGCGGCCGCGUGCGCGCAGCCGCGGAGCGGGGCCGCGCCGCACGGCCCUCGCGUGCGCCGCAGUGGUUAUCGAGCGGGGCCCGCGCGCCGCGCUCGCCGCGCCAGCCACAGACAGCACGGCCUCCGCUGCCGCUGCUCCACCGCAGCCCCGGCUCGGCACCGCUCCGGCGCGGCGCCCCCGACACAGGGUCUUCCCUGGCGCGCCCCUCGGACAGGGCCGGGCAGGGGGCGGCGCCCACGCAGCCAAGAGCGAGUCGAGGACGCCCAGGAGCAGGUAUGCCACACGUAACGUCCUGACGAGAAGAGAAACACGACCCGUGCGAACGUGCAGAUUGCCAACCUGAAAACCUUUCGCAGGCGGCGGGAGGCGGCCGCAACUGGAUUCGGCUGCUCCGGCGCGGGCGCGGGCGGCACCGCCGCCACCGGCCACCACGCCCCCGCACUAUACCUCGGCCCCGCUGCGCCUUCGGCCUCCGGCACGCGGCUGCACGAGGGGCUGCAGCGCCCCCAGCGCCGCGAGCGCCCAAACAGCGCACUGCGCACUCGCGCUGGAAGGGAGGUCGCGAUUUCAUUCGGCCUCUCUUUCUCGCUUCUGGUAUUCUUGAGAAACCCAGGACGGUCAUUACUCACGCAAAGUUUUGAUUGGAAACUAAAUGAGCGAUACUCAGCGUUGACCGUACUCAAUCGUCUGUUGGAUUUCCACUUGCCUCAUCGCUUCACGAAGGACGGCAUUUCCCUCGCUUCUUCCUCCGAACGCUUCG